CUGCUGCACAGCUCCGCCCGCAGACAACCAAGCGCACCUAGUCGCGAACAAACAAGCCGCCAUGGCCCUUCACCGGACCAGUAUAUUAAACCAAAUGGAUUACAGCCGGGACUCCAAAGAAGGGAAGCCGGCUCCGUCGACGGAGGAGCGGCUCGACAGCGGCCUGGACUCGCUGAAGGAGGAGGAGUACCAGGCCGUGGCGGCCGAGAUCCGUCUGCUCCGGUUGGAGUGCGAGCCGCCGCAGCACCAACAGGCACCCGCUGGAACCGGAGAGCAGCACGAGUGGAAAACGCAAAUCACGGAGGACGGAGACACGCUGCUCCACCUGGCCAUCAUCCACGAGGCCAAGGAGUACAUCAAAACGAUCAUAGACCUGUCCAAGAACACAGACUUCCUCAACACACAAAAUGACCAGCGACAGACACCGCUCCAUUUGGCGGUAAUAACGAACCAGGCGGACGUGUGCCAGCGCCUGCUGGUGUCUGGUUGCGACCCCACACUGGUGGACGACAGCGGGGACACGCCUCUUCACAUUGCCUGUCGCCACGGCAACCUGCUGUGCUUCAGCGUCCUCACCCAGAACUGCCAGACGGAGCAUUUACACACAGUGAUGGCUGCCUGCAACUAUCACGGUCAGAAUUGCCUCCACCUGGCUUCAGUUCAGGGUUUCCUGUCACUGGUGGAGAACAUGGUGGAUCUCGGCGCUGACAUUAACUCAAAGGAGCAGCGUAACGGUCGCAGUGCACUGCAUCUGGCCGUGGACCAGCAGAAUCUGUCGCUGGUCAAACUGCUGCUGAAGAAAGGAGCCGACCCCAACCUCCUGACGUCCGGGGGCCACACCCCCUUCCACCUCACCUACGGCCGCGACGGCGACGACAUCAGGAAAGAGCUGUACUCGCUGACCGAUCCCGACCUGCGGGAGCUGCCCGACAGCGAGGAGGACGACAGCGAGGAGGAGGACGACGAGUCCGACGAGGAGGUGGGUUAUGAUGACAUCCAGUGGAAUGGACAUUAGCAGGAAGCGGGAGGAGGAAGUUACAGAGGCAGGAGGAUGCGAUGAUGACUGUAAA